AUGUGGAAGUUGAGUAUAGACGGAGCGUCAAAUCACAAGGAAGUUAGAGCAAGCGUCGUCAUAAUCACCCUAGAUGGAACUAUGUUGGAGCAAGCCAUAACAAUGGGCUUCCCAGCUUCACACAGUGAAGCAAAGUACGAGGCAUUGCUCGAUGGACUGCACUUAGCAAAAGAAUUGACAAUCAGAAGAGAGGUCCGAGGCCAGAAAAAUCCAACAGAAAGCUGCAAGAACAACCCAUGGCCAUUCAUGCAAUGGGCCAUUGACUUAAUGGGCACCAUGACACCGGCUCUUGCCAAAAAAGAAAUGAUGAUCACGGCCACUGACUACUUUACAAAAUGGAUCAAGGCUAAAGCUCUCUCCUCUACUAAAGAAGCCGACGUGGAACGAUUCAUCAUGAAGAACAUCAUCCGCCUCAUUGGAUGCCCAAGGUUGCAAGUCACUGACAAUAGAUACACAAUCGAUUGCAAGAAUAUCACCAUAUUCUUCGUGAAGUAUAGUAUAAAGCAACACUUAUGA